ACGUACUCAAACUCAUUUCUGAAAGAAUAGAAGAAGAACUUGAACCCGAUCACUUGCAAAUAAAAACAUGCUGGAUCUGAGUGAAACUUUAUCACUAGCACCGCUUCUAGCCAUUACUCUCGUCUUCCUAUACAAAUGGUCCUCCACCAGUACAGAAAACUCGCCACCUUCUCCACCAAAACUCCCUAUUCUCGGAAACCUUCACCAACUAGGGUUACACCCUCAUCGCUCACUCCGAGACUUAGCUCAGAUCCAUGGCCCCCUCAUGCUCCUUCACUUUGGAAGCAUCCCUGUCCUCGUUGUUUCCUCGGCUGAGGGAGCCCGUGAGAUCAUGAAAACCCAUGACCUCUCUUUCUCCAACAGACCCAAGACGUUGAUCUUUGAGAAGCUGUUUUACAAUUUCAGAGACGUAGCGUCGGCGUCUUAUGGCGAGUACUGGAGGCAGAUGAAGAGUGUAUGUGUUUUGAAUCUCCUGAGCAACAAAAGGGUUCGCUCUUUUCGUUCUGUUAGAGAGGAGGAAGUUAAUUCGAUGAUCGAAAAGAUAAAGGAAUCAUCAUCAACAUCAUCGGUUGUGAACAUGAGCGAAACGUUUGCUACGCUGACUAAUGAUGUCACCUGUAGAGCUGCUCUGGGUAGGAAGUACAAUACUGGUGGGGAUGGUUUGAAAGAUCUGUCGGAGGAGUUUAUAGAGCUACUGGGGCACAUCAAUGUUGGGGAUUUUAUCCCAUGGCUUGCUUGGUUGAACCGUAUGAAUGGUUUGGAUGCUAGAUUGGACAGGGUGGCUAGACAGUUUGAUGAGUUCUUGGAGAGAGUGAUUCAAGAGCAUGUAGAUAGUUCCGAAAGUAGAACUAAUGGCCAUGCUCACACGGAGAAUGACCAAAAGGAUUUUGUGGACGUUUUACUUGAAAUUCAGAAAGCAAACUCACUUGGCUUUCCCCUCGAAAGAGUUAGCAUAAAGGCACUUAUCUUGGAUAUGUUUGCUGCUGGAACUGAAACUACAUUUGCAUUCCUGGAAUGGGCAGUAAGCGAGCUUUUAAGGAAUCCAAUGGUCAUGAACAAGCUGCAGAAAGAGAUUCGGGGAAUAGUCGGAGACAAGAAAGACAUAACGGAGGAUGAUUUGACCGGAAUGCACUACUUGAAGGCAGUGAUCAAAGAGACUUUUCGCUUGCACCCUCCGAAUCCGUUACUAGUGCCCAGGUUAUCAACCCGCGAAGUGAAAAUAAAUGGUUACAACAUUAAAGCCAACACACAAGUCAUAGUGAACGCAUGGCACAUUGGAAGAGAUCCCAACACAUACAAGAAUCCAGAGGAGUUUGAGCCGGAAAGGUUCCUGAUUCAGAACGAUAUAGAUUACAGGGGAAAUGACUUCCAACUUAUUCCAUUUGGAGCUGGUAGAAGGAUAUGUCCAGGUAUUCAGUUUUCCACGGCUGUUAAUGACAUUGCUUUGGCAAACAUACUGCACCAAUUCAAUUGGGAAUUGCCUGAUGGAGCAAAAGGCCAGGAUUUGGAUAUGACGGAAUCUACUGGAAUAACCAUACAUAGGAAAAAUCCUCUUAAAGUCGUGGUUGUUCCAUAUUUUCAUUGAAAGUGUGGCCUGUGUUGAAUGUAUUUGAUAUGCAAAUGUAGUACAUGUAAUGAGAAUAAGACAUUGUUGUGCCUAAGAGAUAUAUUGUGUUUUGUGAAGACUACAAAUAUUAC